AUGCAGUCCGAACAGGUACUUGGCCCGCGCUGGUCGCUUACGGAGCUGCGGACGUUCUACGUACUGCUCAAGGCGCACGGACAGCAAUGGGAUCUGAUCGUGGAGCGUCUUCCGCAUCGGUUGGUCGGUAUGGUGCGCGCGCUGUUCGAGAUGCACCGCGGCUAUCUGUCGCUCGCUGAGGCGUCGGUCGAAGGCUUUUGCGCUAUUAUGACGGACCAUUACGAUACACAGGAUAAGCAGAGGACGAUAUGUAUGGCCGAUGAAAAGCUGAACAAGUGCAAUGUGGCGGACCUUUGCGAGCCGAAACACGACGAGGAAGCGGCGAGGGAUCGAAAGAAACGUCGACUGGAGACUUUCAUGGUGAUGAAGCACGUCAAGACGUCCCGGGGACAGGCAAAGAAUCACAACGAGACUCGUUGGGCUCUGCGCCCCGAGGUUCGACUUGCCCUGGAGCCAUUGGUUCUACUCCUGCGCGGCCGAUCUGGUCGUCGGUACGAGCGUCCAUGGUGUCGUCGUCGUCGACGUCUGAGUCUGUUGUUUCUUGCUCAGCAAAAGCAAAAGCUCGAGGCGUACCGAUUCGCAAAGCGCCGAAUCGAUGCUACGCACAUGCCGGAUGAUAAAACAUGUCCAUAUCGGUGCACUGCUGUAUUGCGUCCUGGAACUACAGUCAUUGCGCGGGUGGAGUCGGAGCGGCGUUUCCAGCUAGCUACCGUGGUCGAGGUCCACGCUACUGCAGGAGCAUGUCAGGUCGCCUACUUCGGAAGUGACUUGGAAGAGGAUGUGGUCGAGUGUAGUUUGGACAGCGUGAUGGCUUUGGACCUUCCGCUAUGGUCAGGACGAAGCAAAAAUAGCAUGGCAAGGUUAAAGGCAGCCGCUACCACGCUCGUACGACGACGCAACCAUGAGCUUCACGGAAGCACUUCAACACCUGUGACAUCAAACGCUACCGACUCGGUCAGUGAACGGCACCGUGAAAAAAAGUGUCGUGCCGUUCUGGCCGUGAAAGCUCUGCUACACCGCAAGGAACGGAUCAUACUAGCAAUGGCAAAUUUGAACGAACGCGUCGCUGCAAUGCAGUUGCGGUCGCACGAGAAAAGCGCUGUGAAGUCAAGCGUUUGGAACGCCCCUGCAAUAUCUUCGUCUGCAGCCGUGAAAGAUCUUGCGUGGACCAAUUCGCACACAACGCAACAGUUGAGGAAGCAGCACUCUUGGCUUGCCGCUAAUCUGGACGCUACGAAUGUGUGCUUGAAAGCUGCACUGCUGAGCCUUCAGUCUUUCUCGCAGAGCGAUUAUUGUGAAGAAGGAGAAGACUUGGGCAUGAACGAUGGCGAUACCGAUGAUGCGCUGGAGGAGGGUAGUGUAGUGCCAGACGAGACCUUGACCGAGAGUCAGAUGCGUUGGGCCAUCGACUUCUUGGAUGCGAGUAGGCGAAAAGCGACUACAGUGGUCGCGGAGUCGGCGCUACAGAUUGCAAAAGACGACGAGGAGCUACGAACAUCAAGCACAUUGACUAACGGAAUUCGUCCGAGAGAGGUGUUACCAGAGACGAUGCACCUUGUCGCGAAUUGCGUCACUUUGAUGAGCGUUCUUCACCGGCAUGUCGUGGCGUCACCUGAUGUGCCCCCUAUCGUCACGCAAAAGCUCGUUGAGCGUGUGCUCGAGUCGCUGAAACCGACCUACAACGCGAAUAUGGAUCUGUACGCGGAGCUUCAUGCAGCUGCGGAUGCUGUACAAGCUCAGAUGGCACAGCAGACUUCUGCGAGCAAAGUGGACUAG